CGCAUACGACGAGCUCUGGCGGCUGGCGCCGCCGAUUCCCUUUAAUGUGGCGAUCGAUCGGUGCCUUCCUCCGCCUCUUCGUUGCCGUCUUGCCGACGGAUCUGACGAGGAAACGCGGCGCGCCGGUAGCAGUAGGCACGCAGACUGGCGUGCCACGACCAUGCAGCCACCGCUGGAGCUCUCGCCGCCGGCACCCGCCCCUAGAGAAGUGGUCGUCGCAGAGUGGCCAUCUAAGAAAAUCUGCCACUGCUUGGUCUCUACCUCAGCCUCAUCUGAACAACGUGUUUGGGCGGACCUACCAGACAGCCUGCUUCACCUAAUCAUUGCUCUCUUAAGCUCAUUCCAUGACCUCCUUGCUUUUACUGGCACCUGUCACUCUUGGCGUGCUGCGGUCUUUUCCUUCCCAUCAUCCAUAUAUGCCUUUGUCUUCCCACCUCUCCAUCUCAAAGCAGGUUUGCGUAGGGCUAAUUGGCAUUGCAACACAAGUUACAAUCUCUUAUCGAACUACAAAUGGCAUCUUUGUGAUCUUGUGAGGACAAACUUAUCUCUUCGCCGCUCAGCUCCCCGUAAUACUCCAAAUUACAUGCCCUAUUUGGGCUGCUCAUAUGGGCAUCUUAUCUUCUCCUGUGUGGAGCACCUUCUCCUUGUCGAUGUUUACACAUGUACUAAGGUGAAGCCACCCAAACUCCACACCAACAGCGAUUGUGUGAUCGAUAGUGCCAUUCUUAUGGCUCCAUUCAGUUCAUCCAACUCGUGUCUCCUCCUUUUCUCGAAUUUAUUCAUCUUCCAGUGGCAGGUUGGAACAAAUUCGUGGACAGAGUACCCUCUUGUUUCUGAACACUUUCUUAUUCAGAUUGUUUUGUUCAAAGGUCAGAUGUUUGCCAUAGACUUUCCCCAGACGCUGAAAACCAUAUCCUUGGCACCUCAGCCCAACGUGCAGGAAGUCGAUGUUGUGUGGGGAGAGGACAUUGUUGUUGGCUUGAAUUAUGAUCCAUGGUUGGUGGUCUGUGGUGACAUGCUUCUCAUGGUUGAUCUUGUUGAUGACUUGAUAAGCAAUGGCACCUUUCAGGUCUUCCGCUUUGAUUCUUCAGCCGAACCAGCUAAGUGGACAAAGAUGGAGAAGUUGGAAAACUGGGCCCUCUUUAUCAGCCUUGAUAGGAGGAGCCCUACAUUUUCUUGCAUGAACCCUGAAAAAUGGGGCGGAAAGAGUAACUGCAUUUAUGUUCCAAGUGCGUCCAAAGACUCUGAUGAACCUUGGAUUGCUGUAGAGCUUGGUCAGGCAGUUUACAGUAUAACUCGCUCGGAUUCAUACAUUCUAGAAGGCAAAAGCAAUCAGCUUGAGAGCCUCUGGGUGCUCCCCAGUUUGGUCUAUGGUGUUGGCCAGUGAACAAUCAUGUUUGGUUGUCGCGUGUUUUUUACUCUUAGUGAGCCUCUGCAUCAGUGCACGACAGUGGCAAGCGUUAAGCAGUUACAGAGGAAGAACUGGGAAGGAACUGAAGUGUCUAAUUGUACAACUCUGAAAUGCUAAAAGUACCUACUGGACAUGUAUGUUUCCGAAAAUGUCAAUUUAUGUUGAAUUUUAUUACGGUUUAAUUGUUCAUCCAGGAGCAUAUGCUCCUGGAGCCAA